UCGAAGACAUACUUCUGGUUCAACAAAAUUGUUUGAAAGAAAAAAAACCAUUAUGCAUUUCAUAAUUGCAGUUAUCCUCUAUGCGUUGUACUUCGUGACCAUGACAAAGAGUGUCGGAGUCAAUUUGGCACAAGUCCAACUGAUUGUUGAUUUAGUAAAAGAAUCUGAAAACACUGUAGACGAAAUUCCCCCUGAACAAUUCAUAUCAAAGUUAGUAGAAUUGGGCGUGGACAAUGUGGAAGGUUGGAAAUACGAAGCAGGUACGACAGACGGCCAAAAAACACAACGUUUAAUGGUAUAUCUGGCCAAAAACAAUAAGAUUGAAGACAGCUGGGUGAUCAUAAGUCUAUCAUCCCAAGAAGUAAUAGUUUACUUAAGUCUGUUCACAUAUCAUGAAAAUCAAGGUCCCGUUGUUGAUGGUCUAAUUAACCUGGAGGAAUUCAAAAAUAUCAUUGAAGGUUUAAGAUUAAAUCGAGAAGAGAAAGAAGAUUUCGCUGAGUUUUUACAAGAUGACGAAACGGUUAAUUUUGCGGAGUUCUUAUUCGGCAUUUUGGCAAUAAAAUAUAAAGGCAUAGAUGAAUUAAACAGAGGGCUCGACAUGAGUCAGAUUACAUUUCUGAGCAUUAACAUACUACAAAACAAAAAUAACGAUUAUAUUGAAUCCGAAAAAAUAAAAGAGUUCAUCAAUUGGCUACCAAUAAUUUCUGGCGUUCAUGAUGCGUUGGAAUUUGAACGCUUUCAAAAGUGGCCCUUAGAGAUGCAAGAGCUGGUGAUUGUUUCAGCAGAAUACAACACAACGGCCAACGAUAAAAACGGAAUCGUCAUUUCUACCUCUGAAGUAAGAGGUUAUGUAUGGAGAUUCGCUGUUAGCGAUACAAACCGUGAUGGUUUUCUAAGUGGGAAUGAACUUGACAAUAUUGUCAAUUGCAAGGAAUUCGAAAGAUUUACUGUUUCAACUUUUAUGGCCGGCGAUAGCAAUGAAGACGAAAAACUUGACAUUUUGGAAAUGUUUGCCUUGAUAAUUAAGAAGCGUGCAGCAGUACGACGCUAAAUAAACGCUGAAAAGUUUUAUGAGUUUUUGCUGAAUUGUAUAUUAUAUUGAAUUAUUAACUUACGUAUAUUUUUUGGGAGUGCUUUAA